AUGAAGCUGCUCACCGCCAUUGCCGGGCUCAUUGUGGCCGCCGAGGGCGCUGCCAUCGGAAAUGCAAUGGAUGUGCAGAAUGUCCUUCAAUCGGUGCUCAGCAUAGCGCAGUCGCGACCGUUGAAAUCAUCCAAACCGCCGAACGUUCUGUUCGUGAUCACAGACGACCAAGACCUGCAACUUGACUCCCUUUUGUACACACCGCACAUUCUGAAGCAUAUGCGCGACAAGGGCACAUUCUUCAGCAAUCACUUUGUGACCACGGCUCUCUGCUGUCCCUCGCGGGUCAGCUUGUGGACUGGACGACAAGCACACAACACCAAUGUGACAGAUGUCAACCCGCCCUAUGGUGGAUAUCCUAAGUUCGUGGACCGCGGAUUCAAUGACAACUUCUUGCCGGUCUGGCUGCAAGAGGCUGGGUACGACACCUACUACACGGGUAAACUAUUCAACGCGCACACUGUCGGGAACUACGACAGUCCUUACGUCAACGGAUUCAACGGUUCCGAUUUCUUGCUCGAUCCAUUCACCUAUUCCUACCUCAAUUCUACCUAUCAACGCAAUCAAGAUCCGCCCGUGAGCUAUGAAGGUCAACACACGAUGGAUGUCAUCACUGGCAAAGCUCUAGGCUUUCUAGAUGAUGCUUUGGAAGGGGACCGCCCUUUCUUUGUCACGGUCGCCCCCAUUGCUCCCCACUCGAAUGUGGAUCCACACGCGCUGGAUCGGUCAGAUCAACUUGUUAUGGGUGCACCGAUCCCAUUAGAAAGACAUCGGCAUCUGUUCCCCGAUGUGAAGGUGCCUCGGACUGACCAUUUCAACCCAGACGAGCCUAGCGGAGUCAGUUGGAUUCGUGAUCUACCACAACAGAACCAAUCGAUCAUCGAUUAUGGGGAUUUCUAUUAUCGUUCGCGCCUACAGGCUCUACAGAGUGUUGACGAGCUAGUGGAUUCGCUUGUUACCCGCCUAGAAGAGAGUGACCAGCUGGACAACACCUAUGUUAUCUACACCUCCGACAACGGGUUCCACAUCGGACAGCAUCGGUUGCCGCCGGGCAAGACUUGUGGCUUUGAGGAGGAUAUCCGUGUCCCACUAUUCAUCCGUGGUCCCGGUAUUCCGGAGGGAUAUGUGCAAAAUUCGGUGACAACACAUAUUGACCUCGCCCCGACCAUUUUUCAUCUCGCCGGCAUUCCCCACCGUGAUGACUUCGAUGGAACCGCCAUCCCCUUGACCCCUGACCAUGCGGGACCCCGACACGAGCAUGUUACUGUCGAAUUCUGGGGGAAGGCAGUGUUCGAAGGUGACUUCAGCCAGAUUGGUAUGGAUGGUGGCAUCUUCAUCCCAAAUAACACAUAUAAGUCAGUUCGCCUACUGGGAGACGACUAUAACCUAUAUUAUUCCGUGUGGUGCAAUAACGAGCACGAACUUUAUGACCUAUCAACUGAUCCAUACCAAUUACACAAUCUAUAUCCCAGUGGCUCUGGUCUUUGCGAAAAUGAGCCUCACCUUUUGGGGCGAACCCUGUCACAAGCUAUCAGCCGACUUGAUGCUCUCCUGCUCGUUUUGAAAUCGUGCCAGGGAUUUACUUGCAUCGAGCCAUGGAAGGUGCUCCAGCCUCAGCACUCUAUUCAUACCUUGCGAGAUGCUCUCGAUGAGAAGUAUGAUCAGUUUUAUCAGGCACAACCUCAAGUCUCGUUCGAUUGGUGCGACGCUGGAUACGUCAUUGAGGCAGAAGGCCCUCAGGCGCCGUUGACGACUCGGCAUGGUCUUCCUUGGGAUGCCUGGGUGUAA